AUGUGCCAUACCAGGGAGGCUGAGGAGUGUGGUCCCUUUGUAGUUGGAACACAUUCUAUGGUCCCCCUUCGUGUGGAGAGGGACCGAAGGGGUCACCACUACACCACCAAAAUGGCUUUGAGGCCGACGGUGACUGUUGAAGUCUCCCAGCAGAAUGACAGAGUCCCAGAGACGGCACACUCUAGUACCCCUGAUAGGAAUGUCAAAAAGGCUGAGUACUUUGCGCCACUGCUGCUGCUCAGCCCGCAGGCUGAAACAACAGUCAUAGACCUCCCUCCGACCCGAAGGUGCAGGGAUGCGACCCUCUCAACCACAAGGGUUACAAAAGUGAAGCAGCCCUCUGCAGGGAUGGACUUGCUCGUCAGGAUGGCUUCUCUCACACUACUGCUGCAUCUGCUGCUGAUGGUCACUGCUGCAUCUGCAUGGUACCAACACUACUUUGCCUCUUUUGGUGGGUCAGUGAUCUUCACUCCCAAAGGAAGGAAUUCAGAUGGAACUUAUGAGGUGGAGCUUCGACAGAGAAACAACAUUUAUCUCUCCUACCACUCAUAUGAUGAGGGAACCUGCAUGACUGACAGCUGUGGGACUGAGACAGAACGCUCUGUAGAUUUUGUUACCCAUGGUUCUUAUGGUCUGACAUGGUCACUAUAUGAGGGGACAACAACUAGAAAGCUAACCAGCAACCUUCCCUUUGAAAUGAGAUACCCAUACAGCUACUACUACUAUCAUGGCAAUGGUUACUGGUAUCCAAAUGUGAGGGGUUAUUAUUCAGAAUGGAGAAUGAUGACACACGUGGACAUGGGAAUCCGAUCGGAUACGGGGCAAUCUAACAGACCUCCUGUCAUUACCACUCCUCAUAUUCUCAGAGUAACAAGUAACUGCCCUCGAUCAUUCAGUAUGAAACCUAUCGACCCUGACGGUGACCAUGUAAGUUGCAGAGUACCGACAAGUUCAAGUACAUAUGAGUGUGGGAUAUGCGGCCUUCCUGAUGGUUUCUCCUUCGAUCAGAAUUCCUGCUCCCUUACGUAUAACGUUACUUCUCAAAAUGGAUACUACCCAGUCGAGCUGGUGGUGGAGGACUUCCCAAACAAAGACAUCACACUGUCUUACUCCGAUGGAUCCUACACCACAAAGUGGCCCCAAACAAUGACGCGACGUAAACGUCAAGCCACGCAACAACGACGUAAACAUCGAAGUCUUUAUACCGCAGAGUCUCCAACCACCACAGGUGCUCCAACCACCACAGCUGCUCCAACCACCACAGCUUAUCCAACCACCACCAUAGCUUAUCCAACCACAAUAGCUUAUCCAACCACCACAGCUUAUCCAACCACCACCACAGCUUAUCCAACCACCACCAUAGCUUAUCCAACCACCACAGCUUAUCCAACCACCACAGCUGCUCCAACCACCACCACAGCUUAUCCAACCACCACCACAGUUUAUCCAACCACCACAGCUGCUCCAACCACCACAGCUGCUCCAACCACCACCACAGCUUAUCCAACCACCACAGUUUAUCCAACCAUCACAGCUGCUCCAACCACCACCACAGCUUAUCCAACCACCACGGCUGCUCCAACCACCACAGCUGCUCCCACCACCACCACAGCUCCACCAACCACCACAACGUAUCCAACCACCAAAGCUGCUCCAGCCACCACAACUCUCCAAACCACCACAGCUGCUCUAACCACCACUCCACCUACCUCAAACGUACUGUUUUACCGACCAACAAUCCGUCCCUUAAGUGUGCUCCCACUACAGUUCACUGUUCUGGUGGACUCACACCAUGCUCCUUCAUGCCUCGAUGGUGAUUACUUUCCAAUUUUCUUGGCACCAACUCCGGCUAAUAGAGCAAAUCUUCCUGCCUAUGUCAACCACACUCUUGAAAUUAAAGUCAGUUCUAAAGCUCAGUAUACAACGAUUCAAGACCUGAUUGUGACAGGCCCACAGGGCAUUUCAAAGGAGAGAGUCUCUACAGACACCUUCAUCAUAAAGUGGACACCAACUGAGGAGGAGCUGGAUGAUCAUUUUCUCAUUUGCUUUGUGUCUGAAGCGAUAGAUGAGUUCUACAGAAUCUAUCAUUCAGAGCUGCGCUGUGUCACUGUUGAUGUUGGCCACCAUGAGGCUGUGGUGACCUGCAAUGAAACAACUAUAAAGGUGGAAAUGGCGAAGACCUACACCAUCAGACGCAACGAGGACAAGUUGCAUCUGAACGACUUCACCGAUCCUUCCUGCAACCUCAAAAGUCACUCCAACGAAACCCAUUUGGUGGCUAUCAUGGGGCUUGGCGAAUGUGGGACCCGUGUUGAGGAAGAUAAUGAUAACAUCUACUUUAGGAAUGAGAUCACGUCGGCUGACCCAGAUCAAAUCAUUUCCAGGCACCACGAUGUUGAGAUCGCCUUUUCCUGCUCUUUUCCGAAGCGAGCCAACCUGACUCUGGGAUUUAGACACAAAAACCCGUACGCCUUUAACGAGAAGGGCUUUGGUUCUUUCAAUUUCCAGUUUGAGUUCUUCCAGAGCCAGCGUUUCAGUGAGCAAGUGGAUGCCAGCAGCUACCCAGUGGAAGUUUACCUCAAGCAGAUGAUUUUUAUGCAGAUUGAGGCUACCACAUCCAUCCCCAACACCGAGCUGUUUGUGGAGUCCUGCAGGGCGACUCCCUACGGCAACCCCAACUCCCGCAUCAGCUACACUAUCGUUGAAAACGGAUGUGUGAAGGACAGGACAGUGCAAAUCUACCCCAGCUCCAAGUCUCAGUUUAGAUUUGGAAUGGAAGCUUUUGAGUUCAUCGGAGCUUAUGAGGAGGUCUACAUCACCUGUUCGGUCCUAAUGUGUGAGAUCGGGGUUCCUGGAACUCGGUGCUCUCAGGGAUGCAUAAGUUCCAACUCAUGGAACAAUCGCAGGAAAAGGGAUGCUCAUGCUGAAACGAACAGUCAUUCCAUUUCCCAGGGGCCUUUGCAUCUCGUUAGGACUACAGACACCAAAGCAACUGGACCGAGCCUGAACCUGGGCCUGAACCUGGUCUUCAUCGUCGGCUGCCUGCUGGCAUGUGGAGUGGUCAUCUACCGGUCAAGAAGAGCUAAAGCUAAAUACCAAAAGCUGCCAACGUCUGAGACAAACUGAACUCAGAUCUGCCACCUCUUUGUUUUCUGUCAUUUGCAUACUGGUGGUUUGAAUGAUCAUUACUCCAUCCAAUAAAAAUAAAAACUAAACUUGAUUUGAAAAGCUUAAAGUCUUGUGUGGGAUGAAAAAAUUUGGGUAUAUUUGGAUGUACUUUUCAGUGUCUUAAAAAUUAAAUGAGAUCAUUUUGAACUUAAACAAUGCUUGGAUAUGACACUAAUAUCCAUUAUUCGUUAUUUACUUGUUGUUUUCUUGAUUUUGUUACAUUUUUCAAAUCGAAAUAUGUGACCUGUUGUGAAAAUGACUGUAAUAAACGUAAAAAACGUU